AUGAAAGUGUAUAAUUUUUUAUUCAUAUGUAUAAGUUUAAUUUUCGUUUUCAUUAAAUGUAGCUUGGGAUUAUAUACAAAUGUAGCAGAAAUCGAAACAGUUGAUAACCCUAAACGAUUAGAAGAAUUAUUAAAUUUAAAAAAAGUGUAUCUUGUUCAGUUUUAUGCCACAUGGUGUAGGGUUUCACGAGGUUUUUCUAACGACUUCAUCAAUAUAGCAAAAACAUUAAAAGAUGAUGUUAAAUUUAUAGCUAUAAAAAAUGAAAGUAUAUUAAAUGAAUACAAGAUUACUGAAUAUCCAACAAUGCAUUUAAUAUUUGGAAAUGAACAUAAUAAUAAAAAAGUAGUAGAAAAAUUUGAUGGAAAAUAUAAAAUCAAAGAUGUAGUUUCUUUCAUAUAUGAAGGUAUUAAAAAUUAUCGUUUAAAAGAAUUGAAUAUAGAUACAUCCAAAAAAAGUUCAUACAAAAAAAAAUCUAAAGGUAAAAAUGACGGAAAAGUAAUCAUUUUAAAUGAUAGUAAUUUUGAUCAAAAUGUUAUACAAAAUGAUGAUAAUGUAUGGUUUGUCUUUUUCUAUGCUCCAUGGUGUGGCCAUAGUAAACCUAUACAUCCAAUGUUUGAUGAGCUAGCCAAAAAAGUAGCUCAUUUGAAAAAUGCUAAAAUAGCUAAAAUUGAUGCUACAGUAGAACAAAGAACAGCACAAACGUAUCAAAUAAAUCAUUAUCCAUCUUUUAGAUUAUUUCCAUCGGGAAACAAAAGACCUCAUACUGCAAUUGAUUAUAAUGAUUCAAGAACUGUUGAUGAUUUAUAUCAUUUCUUUCUAAAAUAUUAUGUUGAAAAAAAAGAAUUAAUUCAAUUAACAUCACAACAAGUUUUUGAUGAAUUCUGUGAAAAGGAUGUAUGUCUUUUAGCUCUCUUACCAAAUAAAGAAGAUACAGAACCUUCAUAUUUUAAAUCGUACGUUCAUAUAUUAAGUAAUGUUAUUAAAGACGUAAAUCAUUUACCAGUUACAUUAUUAUGGACACAAGCAGGUGAUCAAUUGGAUAUCGUUCAAAAAUUAAAUUUAACAUUUGGUUUCCCAACAGUAAUUGCAUUAAGUCUUUCAAAAAAUGUUUUUUCUAUACUUAAAGGUAAUUAUUCUGAACAAUCCAUAAAAAAUUUUAUUACACAAAUGAUGAUGGGCAAAUCAUCCGUAGAUAAUUUAGUACCAUUUAAAGUAAAAAAUGUUCCAAAGUUUUCUUUUAACGCUUCUAAUGAUAUAAAUACCGAAUUGUAA